UUGGAAGUUAAUUUUAAGGAAUUGGAAGUUCUGUUUUCUGUAAUUACAUAUAUAUGUAUAUAUUCAGUCUUUCUGAAUCUUUGUGGACAAAGAUAUUUGGACAGUUUGACAUUUCCUUCUCUGGCUAGACCAGAUUUAACUCAGGAAGAUGAGUCUUCCUGACUCCAGUUCUAAUAAUUCAUCUAUACUGUAUCCUCUGCACCUCUGACCUUUAUCUCUUAAAGGAAUUAUUUUUUAACUUGCCAUGUUCAAAAAUGGAAUGCAUUGUUUUGAAUUUAAGUCCAUCUUUCCUUCCAAAAAAAUUAACAUAAGUCUUUUGUACAGUAGUUGGUCAUUGCUUUAAUUGUAGUUUUCUUUCCUUUAUAUAAAUUAUCGCUUCACUAUUUCAUUCUGUAUCUGUUCAUAUAAAUACUCCUGGGGUUUUUUUUCAGAAAAAGAAGUUUUUCCAGCAAUCUUUUGGAGGUUCUGUCAGGACCACAAAACAAAAUUUCAAAAAUGAAAGUAGACAGGACUAAACUGAAGAAGACACCUACUGAAGCUCCUGCAGAUUGCCGAGCUUUGAUAGACAAACUUAAGGUUUGUAAUGAUGACCAACUCCUUUUGGAACUUCAACAAAUUAAAACAUGGAAUAUUGGAAAAUGUGAGUUGUAUCAUUGGGUGGACUUAUUGGACCGUUUUGAUGGAAUUCUAGCAAAUGCUGGACAAACAGUGGACAACAUGUCUUGGAUGCUGGUGUGUGAUAGGCCUGAAGAACAACAACUAAAAUUGCUGUUGUUGGGUGUGUUGAACUUCACAGCCUUGCUCAUAGAAUACAGCUUUUCAAGACAUCUUUACAGUUCUAUAGAGCACCUGACUACAUUAUUGGCUUCUUCUGAUAUGCAAGCAGUACUUGCAGUGCUGAAUCUUUUGUAUGUCUUUAGCAAAAGAUCAAACUAUAUCACUAGACUGGGCUCUGACAAGAGGACUCCAUUACUGUCCCGGUUGCAACACUUGGCAGAGAGCUGGGGUGGAAAAGAAAAUGGCUUUGGACUUGCAGAAUGUUGUAGAGACUUGCAUAUGUUGAAAUACCCUCCUAGUGCAACUACACUACACUUUGAAUUCUAUGCAGACCCAGGGGUCGAAGUCAGAGUUGAAAAAAGGACUACCAGUAACACACUACAUUACAUUCACAUAGAGCAGCUUGACAAAAUUUCAGAAAGUCCUUCUGAAAUAAUGGAAUCCCUUACCAAAAUGUACAGCAUUCCAAAGGAUAAGCAGAUGCUGUUGUUUACACAUAUACGACUGGCCCAUAGUUUUUCUAAUCAUAAGAAGAGACUACAAGCUGUUCAGGCAAGACUACAUGCAAUUUCUAUAUUAGUAUAUUCAAAUGCCUUACAAGAAUCAGCAAACAGCAUCUUGUAUAAUGGAUUAAUAGAAGAGUUGGUAGAUGUCCUUCAAAUAACAGAUAAGCAUCUUAUGGAUAUUAAGGCAGCAUCAUUAAGGACAUUAACAUCAAUUGUACACUUGGAAAGGACACCCAAACUUAGUAAUAUUAUUGACUGCACUGGAACUGCCUCCUAUCAUGGAUUUUUACCUGUACUCGUUCGAAACUGCAUUCAAACUAUGAUUGAUUCUUCAAUGGAACCAUACCCUCACCAGUUUGCCACUGCUCUUUUCUCUUUCUUAUACCACCUAGCCAGCUAUGAUGCUGGUGGUGAAGCUUUGGUGUCCUGUGGCAUGAUGGAAGCCUUACUUAAGGUGAUAAAGUUCCUUGGAGAUGAACAGGACCAAAUAACUUUUGUUACUCGAGCAGUCAGAGUUGUUGACCUUAUUACCAACCUAGACAUGGCAGCUUUUCAGUCUCAUAGUGGACUUUCCAUCUUCAUUUACCGAUUAGAGCAUGAAGUAGAUUUAUGCAGAAAAGAGUGCCCUUUUGUGAUUAAACCAAAGAUCCAGAGACCCAACACCACACAGGAAGGAGAAGAAAUGGAAACAGAUAUGGAUGUUGUAGAUAUAGUCAUGGAAAGUAGCCCUGGCCCAUCUACUUCUACAGAACAGCCAUCAGAUCUUGAAACAAGGGUUCAGGCUCUCAGUAGCAACAAUACCACCACCAUGAUUUCCCCUAUUGGAGCUCAGUGCAUUCCCCAACGUGCAGCACUUCUGAAAUCCAUGUUGAAUUUUCUUAAAAAGGCCAUCCAAGACCCUGCUUUCUCAGAUGCCAUCCGUCAUGUGAUGGAUGGCUCCUUGCCUACAUCUUUGAAACAUAUCAUCAGCAAUGCUGAAUACUAUGGGCCAUCACUUUUCCUACUGGCUACUGAAGUGGUGACUGUAUUUGUGUUUCAAGAGCCAUCAUUCUUGUCCUCCUUACAAGAUAAUGGGCUGACUGAUGUCAUGCUGCAUGCACUUCUUAUAAAAGAUGUCCCGUCCACCCGAGAGGUACUUGGAUCCCUGCCAAAUGUGUUUAGUGCCCUGUGUUUGAAUGCACGAGGUCUUCAGUCUUUUGUUCAGUGUCAGCCUUUUGAACGACUCUUCAAAGUGUUGCUUUCUCCUGAUUAUCUUCCUGCAAUGCGAAGAAGAAGAAGCUCUGAUCCCCUAGGGGAUACUGCUUCAAAUCUGGGCAGUGCAGUUGAUGAACUUAUGAGGCACCAGCCUACACUCAAAACAGAUGCUACAACUGCUAUUAUUAAGCUAUUGGAAGAAAUUUGUAAUCUUGGAAGGGAUCCAAAAUACAUCUGUCAGAAGCCAUCUAUUCAAAAAGCAGAUGGCACUACUUCAGCUCCUCCCCCAAGAUCUAAUCAUGCAGCGGAAGAGGCUUCCAGUGAAGAUGAGGAAGAAGAAGAAGUACAAGCUAUGCAAAGCUUUACUACUACUCAGCAGAAUGAAACCGAACCAAACCAACAAGUCUUUGGAACUGAAGAAAGGAAUCCUAUCCCACUAAUGGAUUACAUCCUGAAUGUGAUGAAAUUUGUGGAGUCCAUUCUAAGCAACAACACAACAGAUGACCAUUGUCAAGAGUUUGUGAACCAAAAGGGGCUGCUACCUCUAGUGACCAUCCUGGGCCUUCCCAAUCUGCCUAUCGACUUUCCAACCUCAGCUGCCUGUCAGGCUGUGGCAGGGGUCUGCAAAUCCAUACUGGUGAGAAGAAAAGUAAUCUAUAAGUCUCCAUUAGGAUCUUUUUUUUCCCACUUGCACCAAAAAUAGAUAUCCCCAAUGCUG